AUUCAUGUCAAGUAAUAACUCUUCAUUCUGAUUCAUUGUCUAUUUUAACUUGAGUCGGUAUUAUAACAGUAGAGUCAUAGCAUAUUAGUCGUGACUUUAAGAAAAACAAUUUUCGCCUUCUGGUCUAGACUUGACAUUUCUAGAUUAGUUCAAUGUGAACAAUCAGCAUUAUUUGCUCGCUCGCUCGCUUGUCCGUCCAUCGGUCUAUCUGUUUUCAGCUGAUUUAAUAUACUCAAUCCAGUUUUAAAUUUUCUACACGGUAAAUAAUGUUUUGGAGGGUCUUUUAUGUCCAGUAUUUUCUCAGAUUUGUCUCACUCUGUAUAUUUGACAAUAUAGAUGAAAGCUUACAAUCAUUACAAUGAGAAGAUAUACCCCUCAAUAGAGUCAAUAUUUAUUGCUAGUGUAUAAGAAUAUAAAAAAGGUAUUUGAAUUUCCUUAAAUUAUAGAUGUACUAUGUUACAUUAUGACUAUAACCAAGAUAAAUAACAGACAAUAUCAGAGAACUUAAUAAAAAAAAACAAACAAAAAACAGUGUUAGUAUCUACUUCUUAAUGCUUUGAUAAACAAUAUAUCAUAACUGUAAAUGUCAAAUCCUGUCCUGCAGUUUCCAUGACAAGUAAACUAAAUCGAUAUGUUGCAGAAAUAAACUUUCACCACGAGAUCGUUUUGAGGUUUCCUUUCUUAUAUAUUCAUGACAACGAUACUGUGCGACGUUUAAUGUGACGAACGUCGCAAUAUUACCAAGUCUUGUUUUAAACUAAAAAAAAAAAGAAAAAGAUAGAGACGUGUAUGCUAUAACCCUGUCGUUGGCAAUCAUGCAACUGCGUGACCUGUUCUUAGCUGUUUGGAAGAAAUGAAAUAGUUCGAUAAAAAAAUAAGCUUUUUCAUAAAAUUGCACUAUAUCAGAAUGUACUUCGAAAAAUGAGUCCAUCAUUAUGCAAAGUAAAAAAGUGCAAUUACUUUGUAAAUAAUAAGUUAAACAAUAUGAUAAAACUCUUUCUAUGCAAUUUUCUUUUAUACACUUAUAGUCAGUAGAAUAUGUUAAAAUGCGUAAAUUUUACAGUAAGAAAAUAAAAUUUAGCUUUUCCUUUAAUCGCAUUUGAAGUAUUCUGAUUUUAUUCUAUACGUUGCUAUCUGUUUUCAAAUAAUGAAGUUUUUACAUUAUUUUAAUGGACGUCCCUUUAAAAUGGCCUUUAUUAACAUGUUUGGACUUUUUUUUAUCGAAACUUCAUAGUUUAGUAUAAAUCCAGUGUUUUCAAAUAAUUUAAAAGCAUUGUGGACGUUAUAAAUUUAACAAACACGUAUUUCCAUAAUUAUUUUGUAAUAGAUCCAAGGUAUGUUGUAUUACUCCCAGACCGCAGCCUUGUAGAGGGCUGAUAAGACUGAUCUUGGAUUAACUACAGGACCGUGGUCAUGAUGAAAUCUGACAAUUUUAGUUUAAAAUAUAUGUCAGUAAGAAAUUCUCACUUGCUCAGAAACAUUUGCGUUACAUAGUCACGUGUUUAUUUGUAACAUAAAAGAAACGCACUUCUUAUGAAACUGUAAUUCGACGAGAAUAUGAAAAAAAAAUCUAUUAGCUUUGAACGCAACAUUUAUGAAACUUAUAUUAACAAUGGUUAAGUGGAGUACGGUAAGAAUUAAAUACUGUCUUUAUAAAUGAUAUUUAUGAGUGAUGGAACUAUUUCUCGGAUAUUUUCUAAUUAUUUUCUACCUACCAAACCAAUUAUGUUGUUUAUUUAAAGAACAUAUUCCUGAUUCUGUGCCAGCAUCAGAGCUGCCACAUAUAAUACAGUGUGACUGACAUAUUGCCCAGCAGGAAAAGUGCUGUCAUUAAUUAACUUAUCACAUUCAUGUUAGCAUACAGGUAUAUCCUAGCUUGUUAACAUUGUCUGUUCUGAUAGUUGUAGGUUCAAAAAUUGUGUGACAAUUUACCUAUACAUUAUACAGCUAGAGUUUAUUGUGAUAUUGUAUUUGACGUUUACAUGUAAUUACUUAAUAUAUUUAUUUUCAUAUACAAUUGUUUAUUCUGGUGCCUGCGUUGCCGAGUGGUUAACGCGGAUGCCUUCAAAUCACUUGCAUCAGACCACAGUGAGUUUAAAACUACGAAGUAGAUUUCUUUCAUGUGCGGGAGCCUUCCAACUGGCUUAUGGAAGGUCAGUGGCCUACCCAAGCGCCCGCUCGAGCCUUGAUAAGAGGGGCAUCUGCGAUGUUGUUUCAUCACCCAAAGUAGGAAUAUUACAUGAAUGAUGUCGGUGUGAUUAAAGUCCCAACGAAACUGAGUGUUAGUUGUGAUUCAAAAUUGAAACGGAUUCAGUACUAAAAAUGACCUUGUUGCCUUCAGAAGCUCAUAAAUUAACAGCAUAGAAAGACGAGGCGAGAUGGCCGCUGUGGAGAUAUUCAACGUCAGCCUUGACGGAAGUUCAUCAAAUGCAAGUGUUCAUGAAAACUUAACUGAGCUUUCAAUUGACGAUGUUUUGCAUCUGACCAUAGCUCCAGUAAUUAUAGUAGGAAAAUAUGUACAUCUCGUGUGGUAUGCAAUAGGUUUCAUUGGAAAUGUAAUUUCUGCGAAAAUUUGGAACGUACCACGCAUGUAUGAAGUGUGCUCAUCCGCACAUUAUUUAGUGACAAUAUCGGUGUGCGAUAUAAUAUGCCAGAUUUUGCACGUGUUCUACUACAUGAAGUUUUACUGGCGAGUUUAUCUUUUUGAUAAACCUGAAUUAUGUGAAUUCUGGAGCAUAAUGUACAUGAUUCCUUUGUAUAUAAGUGAAAUUCUGGUACUCGGCUUCACCGUUGAGAAACUAGUAUCUCUACGCAAUCCAUUUAGAAGCGGCUGGUUUUCUAGAAAUAAACGUGCUCCAAAAGAAAUAGUUUGGAUUGUUGUUUCCGUCACAGCAUUUUCUUUGCCUCAAGCAUAUUUCUGGAAAGUGGACAAUAAAGGGUAUUGUGACGACAAUAGACACGAUGACGUCAUGGAGCACCCCAUCUGGAUCUGGCUCACAGAAUCGUUUAUUUAUCUUGUCAUUCCAACGACUGUAGUUAUUCUAAACUUCAUUAUAAUUCGUACAGCUAAGCAUUCCAUAAUCCGUGUCAGACAUGGAUUGAGUAAACAGGUUCAUGUGAGAAUUGCAGAAAGACUGCGAGAGUCCACUGUAGUUUUGUUACAGCUAUCAUUUUUCCGCGUUUUGACGCUGGUUCCCGCGGCUGUGGUGGAGAAUCUUCAACAACUGGACUACUUUAAGCCCUUAAAAUUACCUCCAGUAUAUACUCUUCAGGAGGUCUGGGCAAGCGAGAGAUGGAACAGAUUUAUAAUUUACUCGGCAUUUUCCUACAGCUUAUGGACCAUCUGUGCCUCUAGACUGGCAUUUAGUGUCAUUAUCUACUGCAAAUCAUCUUCUCAUUUCAGAUACGAAAUUAAAAGAAUUUACCAUCACAUCAUCAGUGAGGCGGGGACAUUUAUUAGAAGAAGGCUGAAUUAUAAUCAGAUAGUUCGAUCUGAUGAGUAAACAAUAGGCUUGCUGGUACAGCGUUCGGCUCUUGUUCGAAGAUUCGAAUCCCGCUAUUGGCGGUUUUCUCGGUCGGUCCCCUUCUUACGGCACAAGCACUGGUCAGGGCUAGAGGGAACAACUGUCAGUUUUACCAAUAUAUCUUUUUAAGACUUUCAAAAACCCAGGCGUAAAGCGAAAAAGUUCAUAUAUUUGGUGUUAAAACAUUUUGCCGUCUGACUCUUCUCCGAUGCGAUCAAUGUCUAUUUCAGACAGUUCUUAAGGAAAAUGCUAACUAAACGGAUUAUUGUUUCAAAAGAAGUAGCUUUUAAUAUAAUUUAACUUUUGACUCUGAACAAACCUUAUUUAUAAAUAUGCUUGAAAAAUAUCUAUACACACAUGUAUUACAUUCGAGUAAUUUGUGUCUCUAAAUUUGUUUUAAUAUGGCUGGCAAUUUCUCCGGCUUCCAUGUGACGUAAACUAUAUGAAGUCCUUGGAAUACUAUUCAGUUAAGGCCCUGCACUGUUGUCCUAAUGAUACGGGUAUGUAAAAUACCUAACCUUACAAACAAGACUAUGUGUUUGUGUGUCUCUCUAUGUUUAUGUAUAGUCGCAGACGGUUACCCAUUAUCCUAGAAUUUGGAGGAAUCUGCAAGACACAGCAGAAAUGUCACUGGCUCAUAUGAGAGUCACGUGUAAAGUAAGACUGUUAUUUGAAUAAAAGUGGGCAACUUGAGCUCUGUGUUAGGGUACGAACUUGUAAGCCUUAAUGACAUAUAAUAGUCUACUAUCUUACCACAACAAUACACAUCAGUUCAAUAGGUUUAUGUAUAGAUCGUUGGCAGUUAUUAGAAUAUGCGUACAACACUUUCUCGCUCUUAUAAAUGCGCAUUCUUCACCUUGACAUCGUGAAAUACCUAGUCCUUACCUAUAUUGCCGAUAAAAUGCUCAGGCUUACACUGUAGUCAGUGACUAUAUAUACUCUACAGACGGUGAAAUGCCAAGACUUACAUUGUACAUAGCUAAAGCUUACUCUAUAAUCUGUGAAAUACCCGAGCUUACCCUGAAGUAGGUAAAAUGUAGAUUUACCUUAUAUAUAGUCAGUGAAAUGCCAAGGCUUACCUUGUAAUUGGUGAAAUGUCCGAGUCUGCAUUAUAUUCAGUGAAAUAACCAGGCCUGCCAAAUCAUAGCCUUCAUUUGCCGGCAAUAUGCCAAGGCUUUUUCUAAAGCAAGAAAACUACGUGUGUAAUUUAAGUUAUUGUGAAGUAAUUCUGGAGGAAUAUUGUAUGAGGUUAUGUUGUGGUGAGCGAACUCGCAACCUCCUAAUUGUGUGGCAUGUAUUUCAUUCCGACAAAGUAACCUUUCUUUAAUUAUAACCAUACCGUUAUAUAAGAAGGUAAAUGACCAUUUUGUAAAAGUAAACAUAGAAAAGACGUGGAAAUUCUAUGGAAACCAAGAUUUUUCAAAAUUCAAACCAAAUUAAAGAAAUAAAGUUACGUCUAAGGAGC